AUGAGUUCUGCAUCGGCCCCGGGCGAUGCUGCGGAUGCGCAGCCACUAGCAGACCAGUCCGAGAUGCGUGAGACAAGCGGCGACCGGGUCCCGGACAAGGUCCGCGUCAAGAAUCGCAGGAAGCGUUAUCUCGACACCAACCCGUCCUACUUCGGGCCACAGCUCGAACUCGCAGAUCCUCUCCUGUAUGACCGGUUGGUCCGACGCUUUCAGACGCCGGCUCAGCGCGAACAAGAAGGUCGCGAGAAGGGCUACAGUGGUACGCUUGAGGCAGACCUGUGGCGUUCGGAGGCGAAGAUGGAUGCCUUGCGCAAUCCUGACAAGAAUGCUAUCUUCUCGUACAAUCGGGGACCUCAAGGUGAGAUAUUGCAGGAGGAGAAAGACGAAGUGCCCUCGAACAAGGAAGAGGGUUAUGCUCGGUGGAAGUGGGAGAUGGAAGCAAGAUUUUUGCGUGGUGGCGACGAUGACUUUGACUACGGCACCGUGGACAACAAUGAGGCGUACGACGACAAGGCAUUAGAAGAGCAAGAGCUGCAGCAGUCAUAUUUCGACGACGAGGAUCCAGAGUUCGUAGUUGGUGCCGACGGUGCGAAAAGGACAAAGUCACAGGAAGCCAAGCUUGAGGGCGAGACCGGUAUUCAGGACUACUGA